UUUACUUUACUUUAAGUCCAUGAUGCUGUAGGCUUGAGUUGAGUAACUUGAGUGCCUGUUCAUCGAUCGUAGUAUCUCCUCAGGUGUUAGUACAGUAUCCAUGGUAUUAAAACGUAUAUAUACCGGUACUUAACACGAUCACGAGAAAGGACUGUCAGAAGUGUGUACAUGUAUGCUAGAAACUGUGGGAAAAAAAGACAAUACUGGAUUACUGCCUACACUGGCUUAUAGAGCAAAUCAAAAUUCCUUGACCAGUGCCUAUCUAGACGAAUUUUGAAGGAGUUGACUGAAGAGGCUGAAACAACACUGUCAGGAAGACUAUUCCACACAAAUGAUGUUCGUGCAGGGCUGCAGGCUCCACUCCACUUUACUAUACCGUUACACUACGCUAUCCAGGAGGCUCCUGUCUAUCAAUCUAUUUAUCUACUUGUCAGUCUAUCUUUCUGUAAGAGACCAAUGCUAUCAUGAUAGACCUCCUUGGAGAUGCAAGCUUCCCACAGGUCAAUGGAUUGACCAUCACAGCUACACUUGGUGUUGCAGCCAUCUCUCUGGCCUUAUGGACGAUAGUCAGACCUAGGAACUUUCCCCCUGGACCCAGAGGACUCCCUGUCAUUGGGAGCCUUUUCGAUUUAAAUGACAACCUGGAGACAGUGUUUCAGCGCUGGGGCAAGCAGUACGGUGACAUCUUAGGUUUCAAGAUGGGUGAGCACUGGAUGGUUGCCUUGAAUCAUCAAGAGGUCAUUAAGGAAGCACUUCUGAAGCAAAGCGUCCAGUUUGCAGGCCGUCCAAGACUCCCUUCAGCUUAUCUGGCCUCAGGUGGGUACCAGGACAUUGCUUUUGGAAUGUUUGACGACACCUGGAAAAUGCACCGUAAACUAGGUUUCACUGCCCUUAGGCACUUUGCAACAGGAGAACCUCUUCAGAAGCUCCUCUCAUCUACUUUCCUGAAGCUAGAGGUUGAACUUGCUGCAACUGCUGGUCAGCCAGUCGAUCCGAAGAAACUUGUCACACUUCUACUGAACAAUAUCUUUUCUGAGAUGUGCUUUGGAAAGAGUUUUGACAUGCGUGACCCCAAAAUCCUAAGGUUUAUGGAGCUGAAUGAUGAGGUGAAUGAAACCUUGGGGCUGGGAUUUGCUGAGGAUGUUUUCUCUUUUCUGAAGUACAUUCCUUCACAAAAGCGUGAUAUCAUCCGAGGAAUUAUGCGCGAAGUAAAGACUAUCGUGACUGAGAUGAUAGCUGGCCAUAAGGAAACCCAUGUACAAGGUGAAGUAAAUGAUAUCUACCAUCUUUUACUGGAUGCCCAAGCGAAAGCCAUGGCGGAGGAUAAGAACCUGGAGAAAUUGAGCGACGAUCGGCUUCUUUGGACUAUCUUGGAUAUCUUUGGUGCUGGUAUUGAAACCUCAACGGAUACCAUGAACUGGGCUUUAGCAUUGAUGACAGAACACCCCGAGAUCGCAGGCCGGGUCAGGAAAGAAAUUGACGACGUGAUUGGACGUGAUCGUAUCCCUGUCAUUGGAGAUCGCGGAAGCCUGCCAUACACCGAAGCCACACUCUACGAGGUUGUGCGUUUUUCUUCUAUAGCACCUGUCCUUCUACCGCAUGCCACUACAUGUGAAACUACCUUACGUGGUUACACUAUUCCAAAAGGCACAACAGUCUUCAUGAAUGUGCACUCCAUGCACUUUGAUCCCAGGGAAUGGAAAGACCCGGAGAACUUCUGCCCAGAGCAUUUCCUUUCGGAGGAUGGCAAGGUUCGCGAUCACCCAUCGAGCUUCAUGCCCUUUGGAGCUGGACGUCGAGUUUGUCUUGGUGAAGCCGUGGCCAAGGCUGAUCUAUUCCUCAUCUUUACCUGGUUCAUGCAGAACUAUACCUACAGCAAGGUUCCUGGUAAGGAAAAUGAGUGCCUGACCAACAUGAUCCCCAAGUUGGCUGGAGGAAGGGUCCUUCGUCCCUAUGAGAUCGUGAUCAACAAACGAGAAUAGAAGUGAUACCAACGGAAUCUUACAAUCAAUUGCAAUCAGGUUUAGGUAAAAAUCAAUCACAAUUCCUUCAAUCGAUUGAAAAAUUUACAGCAAUUGAAGGUCACGGUCUUUCUACAGAGGAAAGCAUAAAUUAGUUUGUGGUAGUAAAACUUGAUCCAAAGGUAUCACUCGCGUCUUCAACCGAGUUCUACAAUUAAUUGCAAGUCACUUGAAAUCAGUACUAAGUUGUUCAAUUAACUUCAGUUAACAAUGCCUUGAGUCUUUUUUUUCGAAUAAAAUCAUUUAUUUGCAAUUAAUUGCAAAUAAAUCUCUUGUGAAACCCCUGUAUUGGGUGCAGAGCAUACAUGUAUGCUUCACUGAAUUACAAUUACAAAAUAUAUAUAAAAGACUAAUUAGACUAUGGCAAGCCAAAUUAUUGAAAAUAAUUUCUUUUUUAUGCUGAGGUAAUCAGAGAUGAUAACAUAUGACUCUUCUUUGUAUAAAAUAAAUAUGAAAUUAUCUAGAGAACGCAAAGUCAUCCAGAAAAAUUUUCCCAGUUACUUGUAAAGCUAUUAGCAAUCUCCUGCAAGAGGAAUUGCCUUACAAAGCAACCACCUUGAAUAAUUUUCCCCUCCAGAAAACUUUUCUUUCUUUUAUUAUCCAGUUGUAGCUUCUUACAAAGUUCAUAGUUUUUAGAUUUGAAUAUGCAAGUCCUACCAAAAUGGUUAUUUUCUGUAGGAUUGUAAUGGCAUGUGUGUGCUUCAUGGUUAAAAUGGAUCAUUGCACAACCUGUGUUUAGACUACUUCUUAUUAUUCUGUUUUACUUGGUUGUUUAAACAAUGGAUUGGAAUUCGCUGCAGUGUGUACAUAGCAAGGAUAAGCCUAAUAGAGGCAGAAAUAAACUACGUAUCGGAUUAGGCAUACCUGUAAACCCAUAGUCAAUAUAGAGGAACAAAUAGGGUACAGAAGGGAUGACCUUUUUUGGGGGGAGGGACGGAUUUCACCAUAUUUGAAAUUGUGUCAUAGGGAAGCAUGGUGUAAGACAUCCACAAUCAGAAUUUGAUGGGUAUCGGUCGAUUGGGGCUCAAGAUACGGCUAUAUAAAUGCAUGUACCUACCUAGCCUCAUUCAAGUCACUGUAAAGUUGGUCAGGUUCUUAACAGUCAUGGACCAGGCCCAUGUAUACACUGAUUUCAAUAGGGCCUGAGGUCCGUUUCAUAAGGUGUUUGUAAGUUAAGAGCGACUUUAAGAAUGACUGGUGAUCUUUUCUUAUGCACUAUAAAACGAUCACCAAUGAACGUUUUGCUGUAUACCAUUCACCAUAAGAAAGGAUCACCAGUCGUUCUGAAAGUCACUCUUAACUAACUAACUGAUGUAUGAAACACCCAUCAGUUAUGCAUUCGUUUGGAUCAUUAUGAAACAAUUCAUGUCAAAUUAGGCAUGUGGGGAUUUUUUUUCCAAUCAUGCUCUAUUGAAAUACUGUCAUGAAAAUGCUGAAUUGAACAAAAAGAAACUUGAUGAUGUCGCACUUUGGUACUCCACAUGUAUAUGAAGGAAGUAUAUUUCAAAAUGUGAACAUUCCAAAUUCCUGGAUAUAUUUUGUAUCUGCACAGGAGUGUCUUUCUACCAUGGUGUGCUAGAAUUGUA